AUGGCAAUAGUUGUGGUGAUAUACUGGGCAAGUCUCUCUUGUAUUCACAUCCCCCAUCCUGUAAUAUUUCUCUGCACAUUCCCCUCAAUACUCGAAGAUUUACAAGUGUUUUACUAUGCAGAGUGUGAGAUAGGCAGUAUGCAAGGGCUUACAUCUGUAGCCGUUCGCGCCAUCUACAGUAGCUAUCACUAUGUACACAGUAGCUGGUUGCUGGGAAUGGAAUCGUUGCUGCAAUUGGCGUCUAGGCAGAGUAGGGAAGAGUACAUUGUUGAACGUCAACGACGCUGUGCAUUUCUUGGCUCUGACUAUGUUGCUGUUAGGUAUGUGAGGCAUUAG